CUUGGCUAUCGCUUGUCACCCCACUCGCUCACCGAUCUACCAAAGCACAACUUCUGUGAGGUGGGAGCCGCCGGCAUUGUACCAUCGACGUCUAUCCGACGAUCUGCAUUAUUAUUCCAUCCAUUUAGUUCAGUCGCAAGAACAUAAUGACGGCUCAGUCUCCGGCACCAGAGCAGGCUGUGUCUAGCGGAGAUCGUCCCGCAACCUCAGAAAAUGUGCCAACUACAGACAUCGGGAACGACGAGCCUGGGAUUGCGGAGCCUUCUGAUCCUUCGCGACCGGCCACUUCAUACUUCAACCUACCUCAACCGCAGGACCACCUCAAUACCGAGGUGACGCCCAAAAUGGACUCGCCGAUCGAAGCCGCAAAAGGUAGUUCUGGCAGGGAUCUUCUGCGGCGCCUGAGCCUCGUCAACCCCGAGGGGACAGACUCGUUGGAUGUUGAUCCUCGCACGGCUCAUCCCGCUCUACGCCUGAGUGGAAACAUCAUCAGUGCCACCUUCUGUAUCCCCCACCAGCUCACGCACGGCAGGGAUGGUGAAUGGGGUCUGUCAACUCGCCAUGGCACAUCGGCUUUGUUCGAUUCAUUCUCUUACCUAGCUUCUGACAAGUCGCCAUGGAAACACACCUUGGUUGGGUGGACCGGAGAAAUUCAAUCCCGACCAGAUACACAGUCGACGAGUAUACUUCAACCUGGAGAUGCUGCUGCAACAGCUGCGACCAAUGGCUCUCUUCCGGCUCCUAUCAACAAGUCAGCAGCACCAUAUCCUGUCAAUGGCGCCCUUCCCAGUUCCGAAGACUCACAUCCUGACCAUAUUAGCGUGCCUCGUCCUGACAGAAAUCGCCUCGAAAAGAUCUUGCAUCAUCACCCCAAUGGCAGGACUCUGCCUGUCUGGCUACCUGACGUCAAGCGUGAAGAUGACAGUUAUGUAUUCAAAGACCAGGGCCGGUGGCGGAAGUACGCGGAGCACGAGCUCUAUACCCUUUUCCACUACCGACAGCAUGAACCUGACGAUGGUCGCACGGAAAAGACCUCGUGGGACGACUAUGUGCAAAUGAACCAAGCUUUUGCGGACCGCAUUCUUCAUGUCUACCAACCUGGAGACAUUGUAUGGAUCCACGAUUACCAUCUGAUGCUCCUGCCAAGCAUGCUACGUCAACGCAUACCACAUAUCUUCAUAGGCUUCUUUCUCCACAUCCCGUUUCCCAGCAGCGAAUACAUGCGGUGUCUGCCUAGGAGAAAAGACCUCUUGACGGGUGCGUUGGGUGCUACCAUGAUAGGCUUUCAGUCCUACAGCUUCUCUCGACACUUCAACUCGUGUUGCAAACGCAUAUUGGGCUUUGACUCGAGUUCGGCUGGUGUUGAUGCAUAUGGUGCGCACGUCGCAGUGGACGUCUUUCCGAUCGGCAUCGAUGUGGCUUCAGUGCAGAAGGCCGCGUUUAUGGAUCCCGUCAUUGAGCAAAAUAUGAAAGCCCUGAAACAAAUGUACGCCGGAAAGAAGAUCAUUGUCGGUCGUGAUAGGCUCGACACCGUCAGAGGAGUAUCACAGAAGCUGAUGGCAUUCGAAAUCUUCUUGGAGAAAUAUCCAGAAUGGCGCAAUAAGGUCGUUCUCAUCCAAGUGACCAGUCCCACCAGCGUGAUGGAAGAUAAGGUGGAUGGUGCUCACAAGUUUGAGCUCAAGAUCUCAAAUCUUGUGUCGAGAAUAAACGGUGAAUUCGGUUCUCUAAGCCACUCGCCAGUCCAACAUUACCCACAAUAUCUUUCGUCGCAAGAAUACUUUGCGCUACUCCGGAUUGCCGACGUCGGCCUUAUCACCAGUGUGAGAGACGGCAUGAACACAACAAGUCUCGAAUAUGUGAUCGCACAGAAGAACCAUUACGGUCCCUUGAUUCUGUCCGAGUUCUCCGGCACAGCAGCUAGCUUGAGUAAUGCCAUUCACAUUAACCCCUGGGACCUGGGCGGCGUUGCUGAGGCGCUGAAGCAUGCACUCGAGAUGCCACUUGAAGAGAAGAAGCAUGACCAUGAGAAACUCUACAAUUAUGUCACGACACACACGGUGUCCACAUGGUCCAACAAUUUCCUCAGACGUCUGCUGACAAACCUCACAUCGUUCACCACUAACGACCUCACUCCUGCGUUGGACCGCAAUCGCAUGAUUCAACAGUAUCAUGCCGCGAAAAAGCGACUUUUCAUGUUCGAUUACGAUGGUACGCUUACACCGAUUGUCAAAGACCCCAAUGCCGCCAUUCCCGCCGACAAGGUACUGCGCACUCUAAAAGCAUUAGCUGCUGAUCCUAAGAAUCAUGUCUGGAUCAUCAGUGGUCGCGAUGCAUCGUUUCUCGAAGAAUGGAUGGGCCACAUCAGUGAACUUGGUCUAAGUGCAGAACACGGUUGCUUUAUGCGACGGCCCGGCUCAGAGGAUUGGGAGAAUCUAGCCUCCUCCAUGGACAUGGGCUGGCAGAAGGAGGUUAUGGACGUUUUCAGCUAUUAUACCGAGCGGACGCAGGGGUCCUGGAUCGAGAAAAAGCGCGUCGCGUUGACAUGGCAUUACAGGCAGGUGGACCCAGAUUUCGGCGCUUUCCAGGCACGAGAGUGUCGAAAGGCGUUGGAGGACAAGGUCAUGAGGGAUUGGGAUGUCGAGGUCAUGUCUGGUAAGGCCAAUCUGGAAGUGCGUCCGCAAUUCGUCAACAAGGGAUUUAUUGCGACACGCCUCAUCAACGAGUAUGGCUAUGACACUGGCGUACCGCCGGAGUUUGUGCUUUGCUUGGGAGAUGACCAAACCGAUGAAGAUAUGUUCCGUGCUCUGCUCAAGACCGACCUACCGAAGGAUCACGUCUUCGCCUGCACUGUGGGUGCCAGUAGCAAGCGAACUCUUGCCAACUGGCAUCUUUUGGAGCCAAGCGAUGUCAUCGCCAGUGUCGCGGCUCUGCUCAAGCAGGAGGGUCUUUGAAGAGACGCAGCGAUACCCGGCACACCGGCAUGCACAGUCCGAAGUUGUCAAUAUCGACCAAGAGCGCGCAUAGUUCUUCACUAAUGAGA